AUGGGAAAAAUGACUCAUUAUUGUGGACUUAUUCCGCUACUAUUUCCUCGAGCUCUAACCACACUAAUACUGACGUAUUCAAGCGUGGUAACUUGGACUAGAGCAACGGUAAUCGAUAGCUUCACGCGCACCAUAAUAAUAUGUGUUUUAGUAUCGGCAACCAUUUACACAUAUUUCAAGGUUAUCAGUAUAGGUGCAGGUAGUCCGUUGGAUUUUGAACCAUUAAAAGUUAAGAAUUCUGAACAUGCGGAAGUUGGGUUAGAAUUUCCACCGGAGUUCCUAUCAAAGAAAUCAGUAACUCUACGGCAGAAUGGUAGAUAUCGAUAUUGUGCAACAUGUGGUGUAUGGAAACCGGAUCGUUCUCAUCAUUGUUCUUCAUGUAAUAAGUGCUAUUUGAAAAGAGAUCACCAUUGUCCCUGGUUUUCCUCUUGUAUUGGUUUCAAUAAUCAGAAGUUUUUCGUUCAGUUCCUAAUGUAUUCCACAUUGUACUCAAUAUCAAUUUUCAUUGCUGCAACGUUGCAAAUAGUAUCUUGGUUUCGCAACCAGAACUAUACUACACAAUAUAUUGACAUUAAUCUAUUGGUUGUUUGGUUACUUUCAACUGGGGCAUCGGUUUCAUUAUUCUGUUUCACAGGGUUCAGUAUAUAUCUCUUAACGAAAAACCAAACUACAAAUGAAUUGAAUGCAUCGAAAUAUUUAAACAGAGAUCUGGAAAUAUUCAACGAGAGUCUUGGUCAUUCACCACAGUCCGUUGGAAACCCGUUCGACUUGGGUUCACGUUAUCAGAAUUGGUGUGUUGUUAUGGGAUAUACAUGGAGAGAAUGGCUGCUGCCAAUUAAAACUGACUCUCAGAAGAAGAACCGACAAAGCUUAGAUGAAAAGGGACUAUUUUACCAACUGAAUUCCGAAGUAUAUUCAAGACUUCAUGAGAGUAUGUUUCUGCAGGACCAGUUAAUGAAAAGACUAUCGCCCAGAUCCUCUGCAGAUCUCACGCACCCUUUAUUAUCACCUGGCGAUUGA